AUGCUGACGCUGGGUGCGGGCCUCCCUGUAAACCCAGCCGAGUUGGACUCCACCAUCCCGGCAGCCGCUGCUCCGCAGGCUCCCCCGGCCCUAGCGAGCGCUGCUGCUGCCUCUGGCUCUCCACCUCCCCCCGCGGAGGCUCCUGCUGAGCCAGCUCGUCCUCAACCCGGGGACCCUUGGCUGACUCAGGGUGCAAGGCCAAAGCGAGUGCCGGCUCCCGCACUGGACAGCCUGAAACCCCACUUCGAUCUCCAGCUGUCCUCGAG